AUGAUGGUCGACCGCCCGGUUUUCGCCUUUGAAUCUUCCUUUUUGGAUUGUCUGACCCAACAUUACGACACAAGCCUGGAUCCUUCCAACAGCAACAAUGAUCAUCGUCAUCAACAGGGGCCGCAGCAGCAACCCACUUCCCACCACCGGUCCGUGCCUCCUCAGCCUACAUUGCGCUCCACAUCUAGCGGUUCCGCGCCUCCUGCAUCUCUGUGGUUUCUUCGCAAACGAAAUCAAAAGAGAUCAACAUCAUCCUCGUCGAAUCCUUCGUUUCGACCUCCUUCCACUGGAUCCUUGUUUUCCAUUCCUCCUCCCUCACUAAAUUAUUCUCUCAAUUCUUUGGGUUCUCUUGAUUCCAUGAACGAAUUUCUUAAGGGAAUGGCCAUGAACUCUAUUGACAGUAUUGGUGGUAUUCUCGAUGAUGUUUCGGUUCAGUUUGAGCAGGCACAACAACAACAACAACAACAAUCUGAAACUGCACAAGCUACCAUUUGUGCUCCGCCCGCUCUGCCCCCUCUACCACCGGCUUUGUCUUCUUCCAAUACGCCUAAAGCGAUUGCUGCCCAUUUUGAGGAACUUACCGCUCAGUAUAGGAAUAAUACUCAAACCCAAGAUGAAAUGCUGCUUGUUGCCCAUAUUGAUUCCUCUUCUUCCAACAAGACAUCUAUGGCUUCCCAUUUCACGAACCGCUACACGAAGACUCAAACACAACCUCAGGCUCAAGCACACCACGCCUUCCGCCAAGUAGCUCCACCAACGGCAACAACUCGGACUAGUAUCAGACAAACCAAGGAAGAAUCAUCCACUACUAUUAGACCAACAACUGCUGUUGUAUCAGUAACCAAGCCCAAGAGCAAACGUAUUGCCGCCAAAAAGACUACCAUCUCAAAGGUCAAGCCACCGUCUCCUGCUGCUGUCAGAACUACUACUGCUACUGCUAAGCGGAUUCGUCGCAAGGAACCAGCCGUCCGCCGAUACGUCGCUCCUACCGAAUUGGAUGUCUUGCUCGGCCGAGGUGGUGGCUCCAACCAUCACAUUGGCAACAAGGCCUAUCGCAAGCGAAUAUUGAAUCUUCAGCCCAUUUACAAGACGUUGGAUCGAGACUCCAAGACUGCCAUGAGCCAUCAAGUCGUCGAAUGGGUAACCCAAGAAAUUCAGGGACGCUUUCUCAAGAGAGAAAACAAGGGAUCGCCAUGGUAUAUUGUGACGGAUGCCACGGCCCGACAAAAGGUGUCUCAAGCCUUGCGCGAAGAUCAUACUCCAGAAGGACGGGCCUUGAAAAAGUCACGAACUUCUUACAGUUCCAAAAAGAAGAAGACCAAGCAAAGUGAGUAG